CUUGUUUGAAGUAAUUAUUGCCCUACGUUAUUUAUUUCAAUUAAAUAAUAAAUAACACAUCAAGAAGCUUUUUAUAACAAUUAGUUUUGAUCGUCAAUAUCAUGGGUAAUUAUGCAAGUAAAUUAUUAUUUUACACUAAUGAAAGUCAAAAGGAAUGCAAUGAACCUGAAAUGGUUGUACAGCAAGCAACUGUAGAAGAUAAUAGUAUAUGCACACCAAUAUUAUCUGAAAAAAGAGUACUGGGUGAUCCACGUUCAGUUUCAGCAGGAAUUAAAAGAACCCCUAUUGAAAUUAAAUGUACUUCAAUUGGGGAAAAUAAAAAACCACCAAGUGCAAUGCCUAAAUACUUGCAGAAAAAGCAGUAUCUUGAAGCAGAUAUGUAUGUAGUGAUGCAACCACUAACGCCUAAAAAACGUGUUGUAUUAAAAUCAAUGGACAGUGAUGAACAGUCAGAUUCUUUUGAGGUACAGAAUUCGACAACAAACGUUAAUAUUACAAGGAGUUCAAAAGUAAUUACACCAAUAGAUAAGGAACGCUUUAUAAUUUUAGGAUUAGAUCCUAGAUCUCCAGCUGCAGAUUUUGACAGAACUCCUAUUUUAAUGCCAAAAUCUCUCGCGUUGAUAAAGGCACGAUCACAAGAAAAUUUGAGUCGUAGAGGCAGUUAUGAAACGGAUGUUUACAAUCCGAAAAAUUCUCGUCAGAAGAUCGAUACAGCGAUUAAUAUCCUGGAAACACGAUUAUCUGAUACAGCUUUGGAAAGUCUGAAAGUAUUAGAUACAGAGAAACAGGAUGGAGUACAUGGCACAUCUGUGUACAAUUCUAAUUUAAGUAUCUCCAAAAGUGAAAAGGAAAUUACAGUUAUUAAGAACCCGAAAUAUAUGAGUGAAGAGAUAUCGUUAAUCUCGGACGAACAGAUAGCUACUCUUUAUAAUGAAGAAGACAAAGACGAGACAGAAAAACAGGAUUGUGAAAAUAUUAAAUCUAGUACAAAGAUAAGAAAUGAUGAUAAAAUUAAAUUGUGGCAUGAUUCAUUGUCUCCAGAGAAAAGUAUAUCGGGUAAGAAGGAUGAGAAAGAAUUAUUGCCAAAAAAAGUUUCAAGAGACGAUGUAAUUAUAACGUUUGAUAAAUAUACCACGAUUAGUACUUCUUUAAAGCCAACGAAGACAGAUUUUCGGAAGAAGGGAGACACAAAAGGAAAAAAAAAGAAUACUAAAAUAGAUGUUAAUGAAGAAAAGGUUUUUACUCCUGAGAACAAACAGGAAAUUGAAACUUAUGAGAAUCGUACACCUCUUGGCAAUCGAUCUAAUAAUAACCAAAUAAAAAAAAAACCGCAACAAUUAUUGAAAAGCAUGACUACAUCUAUCGAAGCACAAGAGAAUACGCCACCAUCUAAGACGUAUAAUAGAAAGACUAGAAAUGGAACUCAAUGGGAUCCGAAUUCCACGGUCCUUAUUUAAUUAAAGUAUUUAGAUUAGCUGAUUUAUUUUAUGCUUAGGACUAGAAUAGAAAUGGUAUUAUAAUAAGUGAACUUGUC